AUGUUCAUUGAAUGCGAAGAACAGAUUCCAGAAAUGUUGCGAUUAUUUCGAGACAAUUGUCUUAAUUUGCGUCAAAUAUACUGCAGUUUCUACGAAAAUACGGCACAAUUGUAUCAACAGUUCGGACCACUGGUCACACGAAUCGAUUGCGAUGAGUUUCCGCACGUCUUCGACACCACAUCCGGACAACUAUUGGCCAAAAACAUGCAUACAUUUGAGUUAGAUAUCUAUUCGAGUGAUAAUAAGGAACAGUUGUCUGCAUUUGUGGCACACAAUCAGUCACUUAAAUAUAUGACACAACAGAUGAAACACAAGAAGACAUCACUCGUGACCACAGAUAACGGCAACAAACGACAGGCACAAAUGUAUGCGAAGAACUCAAUGGACAGAUUCGGUGAUGACAUGUAUGGACUCAUGUUAUCCUAUUUCUCAAUCGAAGACCGAUUUCAAUGCGAAUGUGUGUCCAAACAGUUCCAGAGGACAGUCUUCAGGAGUGUUGUUGACAUCACUCUUAACGAUAGAAUUAUUAAGAGAUUACGGAAGGAGAAGACAAUUAACCUGCAAUUGUUGGCCACAAUUGCUAUAAAGUGUCCAAACAUUCAGACCAUUGACUGCCGAGGAAUAGACACUGAAUUUGAAGAACACAUUCCGGAAAUGUUGAACACAUUUCGAGACAAUUGCCGGCAUUUGAGGGAAAUUUACCGCAACUUAUAUCCAAUGAAUAGGCAACCAAUGGCCGCAUUGGGACCACUGGUCACACGAAUCGGGCACUUAUUCUCAACAGAGACGCGAGCGCUCACUCAUUGUCACCGAUUGUCACACUUAGGGAUGAGUUAUUUACAGCACGCCUUCGACUUUAACCAAUCGGAUCAACUGAUUGUCAAAAAUGUGCGUCAAUUAGAGUUGAAAUUUUAUGAAGAAUCCGAUGGACACCGAUUGGCGACGAUUGUGGCCGGGAUUCAAUGCCUCCAGAGUGUCAAAGUCAUGUGUUAUUGUGUUUCAACGCACCAAUCGUUGCCCGAAAUGUGCGGACAAUUGUCAAGAUUAACACAAUUACGGCGAUUGAGUCUCGGUUUGUUGAUAGCGAGCCCUCACAUCUCAGUGCACGACUCGUUGCGCACAAUUGGCGUGAAUUGCAAACAAUUGAAACGAUUGUCACUCAAGUUGUCUGGAGUACACGUUUGGCAGGCAUUGAUUCAAUCAGUGGAUUGGUUAAGGUUUUACAGCCGAUUAAAAUGGUUGCGUUUAGAGGUCUAUGCGGCCAUCGAUGACCAGUUGUUGGAACCGUUGAAACACUGCAAGAGUUUAACGCAUUUAGAGCUCUAUAUAAGAGAAAUGACAGCAAAUGUGUUGAAAGAUUUGCAUUUAAAUUGUCCGCGAAUUCAAUACCUAUUCGUUUGUGAAUUCUAUAACAUUAUAGACAACGAGUAUUUGUCUCACAUCUCAAGACUACCGGCGCUGCAAAUGCUUGUCAUUCAAUGCCGUCAAGACAUUAAUCUCUCGGAUAAUGAUAUGAAUGCUGUGUUGUCUUCGAGUCCUAAACUCAAGACAAUUGAAAUCCGUGUAAACAAUGAGAAGAAGUUUUAUUCGAAAUAA